AUGCCUGAACAAGCCCCAGCUGACCCGGGCCACCCGCCCAUGCUUCCUUGUCUCAGGCAGGAGGAGGAGCGGCAGGCGCGGGAGCGCAUGCUGGCGACGCGGCGCGCGGACGGCGCGGAGGGCGCGGAGGGCGCGGAGGGCGUGACCCUGCAGCGGAGCAUCACGCUUUUCAACGGUGUGGCCAUAAUCGUGGGCACAAUCAUUGGCUCGGGCAUCUUCGUGACGCCCACCGGCGUGCUCAAGGAGGCGGGCUCGCCCGGACUGGCGCUGGUGGUGUGGGCCGUGUGCGGGGUCUUCUCCAUCGUGGGCGCGCUCUGCUACGCGGAGCUGGGGACCACCAUCACCAAGUCGGGGGGCGACUACGCCUACAUGCUCGAGGUGUACGGCUCGCUGCCCGCCUUCCUCAAGCUCUGGAUCGAGCUGCUCAUCAUCCGGCCCUCCUCCCAGUACAUCGUGGCGCUCGUCUUCGCCACCUACCUGCUCAAGCCGCUCUUCCCCAGCUGCCCGGUGCCCGAGGAGGCCGCCAAGCUCGUGGCCUGCCUCUGCGUGCGUGAGUACCGGCCCGGGGUGGCGGGGGGUGGGCACCGAGCCGCGGGCGGGCCGGUCCCCGGAGAACCCCUGUGA